AUUGAGUGCUGAAAGCAAAAUGCCACCUGCUAGACGCGGUGACGUACAUGCUCGAGGGAGAGCCGCUAUCACGGCCUGCAUUCGAUGUCGGCAAAAGAAAAAGCGCUGUGAUCAAAGGUUGCCCAAGUGUUGCUUGUGUGAUGCAGCGGGUGAGGAAUGUCUGGCAUAUGACAUUGCUACCAAGAGGAGAGUACCCCGAAGCUAUACACACAGUCUGGAGCAGCGCGUGGCAUAUCUCGAAUCCAAGCUCCGCCAACAGAAGGGUGACGAUCAAGAGCUUGCCACUCCCCAGUCCCCUCGUGCGGUGGUUGACUCGCUUCCAAAUACACCCUCACUUGAAUCGGCUGUUCUCGGCCGCGAUGUCAGCGCUGCGGUGGCGAGUGUUCGCGGUCUCACCCAGCGUGGCCCCGAGCCCGAGCCAACCUAUGCUCAGCUUUUUCUGGACGAGCUGAUGCGCUCUCGAAUGACAUCUCCGUCCCCGAAAUGCCCCUCUGCAACUAGUGAUCUUGCAGAUGAGUCCUCGCGCGUAUUGAACAAUCUCGACACCAGACCGGUGUCGCUGCCAACCAGGGAGGCCGCGCAGACUUUGGUGAAGGUAUACUUCCAGACCACGAGCAUUGGCAUGCCGCUGUUACAUCAACCGACGUUCGAGGAAAAGCUGGCGCGACUCUAUGAGCUGCCUCGAACGGUGAAUUUCGCAGAAGUCCACACCGCCCAAGAGUCUCGAAUGGCGGUCUUUUUCGUCUUCGAGGUGUUCGCCGUUGCAAUUCUGUCAAUGCAGAAACAAGACCCGUCGCGGAUUCCGAUCUGGAUGGCGGACCGAUAUCAUCAAACCGCCGUGCGAGCCUUGAGGGAAGCCGGUAUUCCCAACAGUGUCGAAGGAGUGCAGGCAUUAUUGGCCAUCGGACAGUAUUCCUAUCAUCACCCAACCCUCUGGGCUGUCUGGAAGACUGUCGGGUCUGCUCUACGUCUAUCCAUCGAGCUUGGCCUGCAUGAAGAUUGCCCAAACGGAGAUCUCGACCCGCUGACGCUGGAUGCUAGGAGAAGAACGUUUUGGGUGGCGUAUGCGAUGGACCGGAACAUCUCGAUCGUCUUGUCUAUGCCAUCCUGCGUGUCUGAUGGUGCAAUCUCAGCGAAGUUCCCAAGCGAGGUCGAAGAUGUAUGCAUUACUCGAGAUGGGAUCGCGACUACCAUUGCCCACUCAUCCCCAAGCAAGCGCAUUAGCCUUCAUCUCUUUCGAUACCGCCAGAUACAGUCGGAAAUGCGGACCGCGCUAUAUGAAAGACCCCCUCCGCAAUGUGCGCCCGUUGAUUUGAGUCGGUGGCAGCGACAGAUGCAUCGUCAGAUUGACCUCUGGUAUCAAACCACCCCAGCGGAUGAGAAUUUCAAUGACAUAGAGAAGGGAGUAGUGAAAACCCUCGAGGUCACGUAUCAUACAGCACUCUUGUUUCUCUACCGUCCCUCUCCCAACAUUCCUUCUCCCUCCUCCGCUCAACUCCUAGCCAUGUCGCAUGCGGCCGCGGACAUGAUCCAACUCUACCGCCAGUUCUUCCGCGAACGCCUGUUGACAAUAUACUGGCUGGCCGUGGAGAACGUGUACUCGGCAGGCAUUUCCCUGUUAUUUGGAUACGCACACUCAGGACAGGUCCGGGAGCAAAUGACGCUCCGCUUCCUCGAGGCCCGCGUUCAUACCUGCUCGUGCGUUCUCUGGGGGAUGGUCGAACACUUCCCUGCAUUCCAGGGGAAGCGAGAUGCAUUUGACCUGGCAGCCUCUAAGGUCCUCGACAAUCUGAGGUCAUCGAGGCAAGAAGGUACAGUCACGGCCGGCGAAACUUCCUUUGGGAACGCGGAGGGCCCGGUGUCAGUUCCACGACAGCAAGCAUCAGACUGUGUCGGAGAUCGGACUGCGUCGGGGCAGGACGAGCAGGCAUUGGUAUCCCAUCCUGUCCCAGCAGACCAGUCUAGCCUGUACACUGACUUCGCGGGAUUCCCCUUCGUGAGCUUUGACGAUAGCCUCUCAUUUCUCUGGGAGACCACCGCGACCAAUACUGGGUACGCUCCGUCAGCCUGGAUAUAGUUAGAUAAAUCUCAGAAU